CGGACCCCCGCGGGGAUGGCGCCCCGCCGUGCGGCCCCGCCUUGGCCUCCUCUCUGCGCAGCCGGGCCCGGGGACCCCACACCCCUUCCGCGGAAUCCUUCGGUCUUCGCGGCAGCCCCUCGGUUUCCCCCUAACAAUUCAUUUCCGCCGCUCCUCGGACUUCUCAGAGAUACAGAGGUGGAGGACGCUCUCACCUACCUCGACCAGGUGAAGAUCCGCUUUGGCAGUGACCCUGCCACCUACAACGGCUUCCUGGAGAUCAUGAAGGAGUUCAAAAGCCAGAGCAUCGACACUCCUGGUGUGAUCAGGCGUGUGUCCCAGCUCUUCCAUGAGCACCCUGACCUCAUCGUGGGGUUUAAUGCUUUCCUUCCGCUUGGAUACCGUAUAGACAUUCCCAAGAACGGCAAGCUGAACAUCCAGUCGCCGCUGAGCAGCCAGGACAACUCCCAUAGCCAUGGUGACUGUGGGGAGGACUUCAAGCAGAUGUCCUACAAGGAGGACAGAGGCCAGGUGCCCCUGGAGUCUGACUCUGUGGAGUUCAACAAUGCUAUCAGCUAUGUGAACAAGAUCAAGACCCGCUUUCUGGACCACCCUGAGAUCUACAGGUCCUUCCUGGAGAUCCUACACACCUACCAGAAGGAACAGCUGCACACUAAGGGCCGUCCAUUCCGUGGCAUGUCUGAGGAGGAGGUUUUCACAGAGGUGGCCAAUCUUUUCCGUGGUCAGGAGGACCUGCUGUCAGAGUUCGGACAGUUCCUGCCUGAGGCAAAGCGGUCCCUGUUUACAGGCAAUGGGUCGUGCGAGAUGAACAGUGGGCAGAAGAAUGAGGAGAAGAGUCUGGAACACAACAAGAAACGCUCUCGGCCUUCACUCCUGCGCCCUGUGUCUGCGCCAGCCAAGAAGAAGAUGAAGCUCCGAGGCACCAAAGACCUGUCCAUUGCUGCCGUGGGGAAAUACGGCACACUGCAGGAAUUCUCCUUCUUUGACAAGGUGCGCAGGGUGCUGAAGAGCCAGGAGGUAUAUGAGAACUUUCUGCGCUGCAUUGCGCUCUUCAAUCAGGAGCUGGUGUCCGGGUCUGAGUUGCUGCAGCUUGUCAGUCCAUUCCUGGGGAAAUUUCCAGAACUCUUUGCACAGUUCAAGUCCUUCCUAGGAGUGAAAGAGCUGUCCUUUGCACCACCUAUGAGUGACCGGUCUGGAGAUGGGAUAAGCAGAGAAAUUGACUAUGCGUCUUGUAAGCGAAUAGGAUCCAGCUAUCGGGCACUUCCCAAGACCUACCAGCAGCCCAAGUGCAGCGGAAGGACUGCCAUUUGCAAGGAGGUCCUGAAUGAUACAUGGGUCUCCUUUCCAUCCUGGUCUGAAGACUCCACCUUUGUUAGCUCCAAGAAGACGCCCUACGAGGAGCAACUGCAUCGCUGUGAGGAUGAGAGAUUUGAAUUGGAUGUUGUCCUGGAGACCAACCUGGCCACCAUCCGAGUGCUGGAGAGUGUGCAGAAGAAGUUGUCACGGAUGGCUCCUGAGGACCAGGAGAAGCUCCGCCUGGAUGACUGCCUGGGUGGCACAUCAGAGGUGAUUCAACGCCGUGCCAUACACCGCAUCUAUGGAGACAAGGCCCCAGAGGUCAUUGAGAGCCUGAAAAGGAACCCUGCCACCGCUGUGCCUGUCGUUCUGAAAAGGCUGAAGGCCAAGGAGGAGGAGUGGCGGGAGGCCCAGCAGGGCUUCAACAAGAUCUGGCGUGAGCAGUACGAGAAAGCAUACCUCAAGUCCCUGGACCACCAGGCUGUGAACUUCAAGCAGAAUGACACCAAGGCACUGCGCUCUAAGAGCCUGCUCAAUGAGAUCGAAAGUGUCUAUGAUGAGCACCAGGAGCAGCACUCAGAGGGCCGCAGUGCGCCUUCCAGCGAGCCGCACCUUAUCUUCGUGUAUGAGGACCGACAGAUCCUAGAGGACGCAGCAGCACUCAUCAGCUACUAUGUUAAGCGGCAGCCAGCCAUUCAGAAAGAGGACCAGGGCACUAUCCGCCAGCUGCUUCACCGUUUCCUGCCCAGCCUGUUCUUCUCGCAGCAGUGCCCCGGCACCUCCGAUGACUCUGCUGAUGAGCGCGACCGGGACCGGGACAGCGCUGAGCCUGAGCGCCGCCGGCCCACAGAUGAGAAGCCCCCUGCAGAUGCAUCUCCAGAACCGCCCAAGGUCCUGGACGAUGUGUACAGUCUGUUUUUUGCCAACAACAACUGGUACUUCUUCCUGCGGCUGCACCAGACGCUGUGCGCCCGCCUGCUCAAGAUCUACCGGCAGGCGCAGAAGCAGCUGCUGGAACAUCGACGAGAGCAGGAGAGGGAGCAGCUGCUGUGCGAGGGCCGCCGUGAGAAGGCUGCAGACCCUGCCAUGGAGCUGCGACUCAAGCAGCCUAGUGAAGUGGAGCUGGAGGAGUACUACCCGGCCUUCCUGGACAUGGUGCGGAGCCUGCUAGAGGGGAGCAUCGACCCCACACAGUAUGAGGACACUCUCCGUGAGAUGUUCACCAUCCAUGCCUACAUUGGCUUCACUAUGGACAAGCUAGUGCAGAACAUUGCCCGCCAGCUACACCAUCUGGUGAGUGACGACGUAUGUCUGAAGGUGGUAGAGCUGUACCUGAAUGAGCAGCAGCGAGGGGCAGCGGGGGGAAACCUGUCCUCCAGAUGUGUUCGUGCAGCACGGGAGACUAGCUAUCAGUGGAAGGCGGAGCGCUGCAUGGCAGAUGAGAACUGCUUCAAGGUAAUGUUCCUGCAGCGCAGAGGUCAGGUGAUCAUGACCAUAGAGCUCCUGGACACAGAAGAGGCACAGACUGAGGACCCUGUGGAGGUACAGCACCUGGCUCGCUAUGUGGAGCAGUAUGUGGGGUCUGAGGGUGCAUCCAGCUCAUCUACUGAAGGCUUCCUGCUGAAGCCGGUGUUCCUGCAGAGGAACCUGAAGAAGUUCCGGCGUUGGCAGUGUGAGCAGGUACGUGCCAUGCGCGGUGAGGCUAAGAGCUCCUGGAAGCGGCUCAUGGGCGUGGAGAGCGCUUGUGAUGUGGACUGCCGGUUCCGCUUGGGCACACACAAGAUGGUGUUCAUCGUCAAUUCCGAGGACUACAUGUACCGCCGUGGGACACUAUGCCGUGCCAAGCAGGUGCAGCCCCUGGUGUUGUUGCGCCACCACCGGCACUUCGAGGAGUGGCAUGGUCGCUGGCUGGAGGACAAUGUAACUGUGGCGGCGGCAGGGCUGGUGCAGGACUGGCUGAUGGGUGAGGAAGAGGAGGACAUGGUACCCUGCAAGACGCUUUGCGAGACUGCGCAUGUUCACGGGCUGCCGGUGACUCGCUACCGAGUGCAGUACAGCCGCCGCCCUGCUUCACCCUGAACAUCUGGAGGGGCCCCCAGCACACGAACCCCACACACACCACAUAUUCUGCUCCCAAGAGGGUUUUUGUCACUUUGAGCCUGGGGUCGCACCUUGACCUCAAGCAAGCAGGAGCUAUAGCUCUUGGCAGUGUAGACUAGACCCCAGGCAACCCCAGGGACUGUCCCCAGUAGGGCAGCCCCUUCCGGCAGAGUUCGAGAUGACGUUUGCACAUGUAUUUAUUCCUUCCUGUGCUCAUAGUGGUCAUGACUUUUGAAGCAGCAGCUCCCUGGCUUCCCACGGGAGAGACCUUCCUGUGGGCCUGUGAACCACCCGCUGUCCCUACAGUUGCCCUCUGCAGGGCCAUGUCGCCAUGCCAAACCCAAGGUUUCAGAGAGCACUUGUUCUCAAAGUUUCCUGAGCCGUUUUUUUUUUUUUUUGUUUGUUUGUUAAUUGGUUUUUUUUUUGUUGUUGUUUUUUUUUUUGUAUUUUUUUUUUUUACUCCGGGCCUGGGCACUGGGGAGCAGGUGUGCCUGCCCAGGCCUGGCUGUGUGCCUCUCAAAGGAUCCAUGGGCAUCUUGGGCACAUCCUACUUUCCUGAGACGGGCAUUGCACGUGGGGACCCCAAGCCGCCUCAGACCCUCUGGGCCUCCCUUCCCCAGAGGGGAGCCCGGGCACACUUGCAUGCUUCUGGGGAUCUGCUCCUUAACGUUUUUGAGCAAUUUCUGUUCCAGCUUUGACCUCCAUUUGCAGCUGUUUUGAAUGUAGGGUUUUUUUUUUUCUAUUUAUUUGCACAUUAAAGUUAAAUAUUGAUGCCAA